AUGGCGCGUCCGCGGCCUCGAGAAUACAAGGCGGGCGACCUGGUUUUCGCCAAGAUGAAGGGCUACCCGCACUGGCCGGCCCGGAUUGAUGAACUCCCAGAAGGAGCUGUGAAGCCUCCAGCAAACAAAUAUCCUAUCUUCUUUUUUGGCACCCAUGAAACGGCAUUUCUAGGUCCCAAAGACCUUUUCCCAUAUAAAGAAUACAAAGACAAAUUUGGAAAGUCAAAUAAACGGAAAGGAUUUAAUGAAGGGUUGUGGGAAAUAGAAAAUAACCCAGGAGUAAAGUUUACUGGAUACCAAGCAAUUCAACAACAGAGCUCUUCAGAAACUGAGGGAGAAGGCGGCAAUACUGCAGAUGCAAGCAGUGAGGAAGAAGGUGAUAGAGUAGAAGAGGAUGGAAAAGGAAAAAGAAAAAAUGAAAAAGCAGGCUCAAAACGGAAAAAAUCUUACACUUCUAAGGAACUGUACAGAUGA